GUGACGCUGGUUGGAUGUUUCUCGCUGAGCAGUCAUGUAUGAGCAGCCUGAGGAUGCACAAUAGCGCGUCUCGACCACCGUGCUUAAUUGCGGAUUAGAGGAGGAGGAGGCGCGCAACGAGGAAGGCUCUUUUAUUCCAGCAAAAGAAGAGGGCGAGGAAAGAAGGACGGAGACGGCGGGGAGGACCGUAGAGAGGAGGACACCGAUGCUGUUGUUGUUGUUGCGACGAUGCGGCCACACUGCUGGGUGAUGGUGGCUCUGGCAGGGGUCAUGUCGUACAUCAGCCCGGACAGAGCGCUCGGAGCCCCGCAGAGGGAAGUUUCUCAGAGCAGGACCGCCUCCCUGUCUCCACCGCCGUACGUCGUCAUCCUCAUCUCGUGCUCGGGGCUCGUCUCUUUCGUCCUGCUGCUCCUCACCUGCCUGUGCUGCAAGAAAGGGGGGGUGGGAUUUAAUGAGUUUGACAAUGCCGAUGGGGAGGAGUGUUCUGGAGGGUCCAGUCCAAUCCAGGAGGACAGCCUGUCGUCGUGCCCCUCCCUCCCUGAGGUCUACACCUUGCCCGUCAGAGAAAGGCACAACUGCGCCGCCCUACGGGAUGGAGGAGACUCCAAGUCUGCGUGCUUCAAAAGGCACACGUUGAACUACCUGCAGGAGAUUGGAAACGGCUGGUUUGGAAAAGUGAUCCUGGCUGAGGUGUUGUGCGACUGCAGCUCGUCGCAGGUGGUGGUGAAGGAGUUACGUGUCAGCGCCAGCCCGCUGGAGCAGAGGAAGUUCUUGGCUGAGUCAGAGCCCUACAGGAGUCUUAAACAUCCCAACAUCCUUCAGUGUUUGGGCCAGUGCAGUGAAAGCAUCCCUUUUCUCCUGGUGAUGGAGUUCUGUCAGCUGGGUGAUCUGAAGAGGUACCUGCGAGCCCAACGCAAGUCUGACGGAAUGACCCCCGACCUCCCGACGCGGGAUCUGUUGACGCUGCAGCGAAUGGCCUUUGAGAUCACAUCGGGCCUGCUGCACCUUCACGACAACAACUACAUCCACAGCGACCUGGCUUUAAGAAACUGCCUGCUGACCUCUGACCUCACUGUGAGAAUAGGCGACUACGGCCUCUCCCACAACCAAUAUAAGGAGGACUAUUACCUAACUCCAGACAAGUUAUGGAUUCCUCUGCGCUGGAUCGCUCCAGAACUCCUGGAAGAGUACCGAGGGGCGCUUAUUGUUACGGACCAAACCAAGACCAGCAAUGUGUGGUCCCUGGGAGUGGUCAUAUGGGAGCUGUUUGAGUUUGGCUCUCAGCCCCACAGACACCUGAGUGACGAAGAGGUCCUGACGUUUGUCAUCAGGGAGCGACAGAUCACGCUGGCCCAGCCCAGACUCAAACUCUCCCAUGCGGACUACUGGUAUGAGAUCAUGCAGUCCUGCUGGCUACCUCCAUCUCAGCGCCCGUCAGUAGCUGAGAUAUUCCUCCUCCUCUCCUCCCUCCUGGCUGCCGAGCGGGAAACGUCAAGGGGGAGUGAGGAUGAAGAGGAUGAGGAGUACGAAGAGGCCCGAGCGAGGAGGGGCGAGAUCGAUGAGUCGUUUGAGCGACGCUGGGACUUACUACGCCCGCCUGCCUUCCAGGCUGCGGCACACGAGCGACAAAGGGAGCGAGAGAACCGACACAGUUCCUACCCCUUGCUGGACCCAGUUGCCAACCGGGGCGCGCAUUCCUCGUCUGAACUGGAUGACAUCCUGACCGUGACGGAAACCAGCAAAGGCUUGAACUUUGAAUAUUUUUGGGAGAAGGCCCAUGCCAGACGAGGCUACAAACCUCUCCCUCCAGCUCAACCCAUUCCGACUGUGAACAACAACCACAGACAGUCCUUAGACACUCCCACUGUGGUCCCAGUGAUCAGCGCACGUAGCCCCUCCCUCGCCAGUGAGUACUACAUCCGAUUAGAGGAGCACACGCCCCAGGACAAGUCACCGACUCUUAAGGGGAAGACCCGGUCGUCUUGUAGGUCUGACUCCAUUUGCCCUGGAGACAUGGAGCUUGUAGAAAUCCGCAGUGGCAUGCUGGGAAAAGAGCGAGUACCCUAUUGUUCCUCCGACAAGUGCACAGGUGGAAAAGGCAUCCAGAUGGUGCGAUCAAGCGAGGUUAAACUCCAGGUGCCCAACACAGGCGUGGCCGAAUUCAGGGACACUUCGAGCAGAGUGACCGACUUCUCUGUGAUCAAUUUAGGGGAGGAUGACGAAGAGGAGAAGAACUCUGAUAAGAAACCAUCCGCGAGUUCUCAAGCUCCGGUCCUUCCUCCAAAACCUCGCUCCAUGUCUAUGUCCUCAGCCAACCACCUUCACUCACGCCCCCUACCAGCACCCCCUCUUGGAUACAGAGGACUUCCUCACUACAACAUGAGCGGUAAAAUCGAGACUGACCCCCUUCAGAUGAACAACUGCCCACCUUCUAGCUACGGUCACUUGGGGCUCCAUCGCUCUCGACAGACUUUACCUCCAUCUCCAUCCCUAUCCCCAUCUCUGCCCCCAUCCAGUCACCCCAUUUACCCCGCACCUCAAAUGUGUCCUCCACCUCUCCCUCCCCACACGAAACAAAGAACUUGUCCGAGCUACAACAGUGACUCUUACUCCAGAUACAGUAGUAGAUUCAAGAGAGACCCGCUAUCCUGUGACCUCGGCACCAGGCACACAACACACAACUCCAAGGACUCACGUGUGAAAGACUUUGACUCACCCGUUCGUAGAGAAAACCCCUUGCGUCCCAUUUAUCGCAAUAUACCUCGGCCACAGCCCCAGACUGACGGCCGGUCCUCGUCCAGUCCCACCUACUCAGACGAGGAUGAUUCCCCCUUCAUGUCGCCUGAGAAACAAAGCACUACUGUCACUCAUUCUAGCCUGUCCGAGGAUGCAGAACCGGUCGUUGCAGGGCUCUUUUCCAGGGGAAUGAAAAGAACACAGUCACGCCUCGACACCAUCCUGCCGGCCAUUUGGAAAGAAGAUGCAGAACUUCAGGCAUCACGUGUGGCUGCUGCCAAGAAAUCCCCCAUGCACCUGUUUCUAACAGAAAUAUCUACUGUGGCAGAGGCACACGAGGGCAUGUCCGACAUUUCAUGGGAGAAGGACCAGAAAGGAGAUGGAGAGAGAUCCAAAAACUUUGAGUUGCCUAACAAAGGGAUGCGGCGCUCCCAGUCUUUGAUCACAGAGCUGGGCUCAGCAGGACAGUCAUGGGGGACAGAGAACAGCACUGGGACAGAAAAGGACUUUACAGCCUGUGGUGAAUCAUUCCAGGGGGAUCUCUUUCUGACUGAGAUCGAUACGGACACAGAUCUGAAUGGAGGGUCGGGAAACGAUCCUGUGAAAUACCUUUACCCUGCAGGGUCAAGGUUGCAUCCGUACAUGUGUGAUCCAGACCUUCCUCCAUCCACCAAAGCAGAAGACCCUUAUUCCACAGGUAUCAGAAGGUCACACUCGCUCGUCUCAGAGAUCACCACAGGGAAGGCAGAGUGUGAACCACAAGAGACCGAGACGGAGCAACAGAGAACAGAAAUGACCAGGGAAGAGUUCCUGAAGGAGAUCCAAUCAGCAGAGACGUUUCUGACUGAAAUCAUAUCGAGACAAAACAUGUCAGCGAACAGGAAAGAAGGAGAAUCCUCUCCUACCGUUCUCUCACCCGAAUAUGAGUCCAUAUGCAUCGACCCAAGCACUGCUCAGACCAUCCAGUUUCAGUCAGAGAGUUCUAUACGCUCAUCCAGCAGAGGAAAAGAUGAGCCACAAACUGAAGCCAUCUAUGCCCAAGUGACCAAGCGUGCUAAAAAGAGUGAGAUCAAAGUUUCUACCAGACCCGAGAUUCCAAUCCUCCACAUAGGAUCAGCCAUUAAACAGGAGAACCAAGGAAGUGCGGACCAUUGCCGGUCUGGGGACUAUGUUUUUGCAGAAAUCAUGCCCAAAAAUGGCUUACUACACAACCAAACGAUUACAUCAUGUCAGAAAGAGGAUGAGUGUUUAGAUGGACCUGCUUUACCUUCAAGAGGAGAAGAGCAAACCAGAGAUCUUUCGGUGUCCAACAAAGAUCUUGAUGUGUCCAUCACUGUAAAAGCACUCAUUACGAAUAGUCCAAAAUCUUCUUUUGUCCAGAAUGGCGAGCUAGGGAGGGAUGACGAGGAUAAGGGCAGCACUGAUCAAGUAGCAGUUGAUUCAGAUGGCUCAAAAGAUUGUUGCGCUCACAACACAGAGACAGAAAAGAAGCAUUCAUCACAACACAAUGACAGUGUUCAAGAAAAACACGUAUCCGAAGAAGCUACCACCACUCCAACAACCCCAGACUGGGAUGCAUCCGCUGAUGUUUCCCUGGUCACCCCCACUGACUCUGUCCUGUCGCCUACGACGUCCAGCUCUGCAGACUGCCUCACUCCGAGUGACUCCUGGACCGGAGGGGGAGGCGGUGGAUGGCGGGCUCUGGGAAAUGAAACGCCGCACCGCGACUCGGCUUAUUUCUCAGACAGUGACUGGGAAGGGGAUGGCAUGAGCAGGAGAAACACAGACGGACUAAUCGGGUCCAGGGCGAGCAGCGGACGAGGUGGGGAGAGGGGAAUGCUGACUGGGAUUGAGGAAAAAACUGAAACUGAAGAAGAGGGUGAGGUGGAACACAAGCGCCAUUUUGGAAACCGCAUACAGACAUCUGAAAAAAUGACAUCAUUUGAAAAUACGCCUGAUGCCAUACAUAUUCCGAGCAAAAGCUUCAAGUCAGGGAAGCGGGACGAUUCUGGCAUUUUUCUGAAUGGUCAAAAAUCCUCCCAACAGUUUGUUGGUCCACAGACCAAAGACUGUGUUGACUUUAUUGAUACACUGUUUACGAAACUCGAGGAUGAGCCUCUAAAGAGCCUGCCACACACCGAUGGAUAUGCAAAAGACCGCCACUAUGCAGAUGACAUCAUUUCUCAUGUAACAGACUGCAAAUACCUGGACUUUGCAGAGAAAGACAUGAAACUAUCUACCAGGAGCAUUAGUGUGACGGAUGCUGCGUCCGAAAGGCCCAACAGCAAGGAAUAUAUGCAAAUGGAAAACCACUCUUCUCUAAAUAACAUUGUAGAAUCUCCCGGCAACAACACAGAGUCUAAAUCAUCUGAACUGUGGGGCGGUCCAACCAUCAAUGAAACCCCGACAUUAGUAGAUUCAAGUGUAGGGAAGUCCGUAGAUGAUCAAUUGAGUUUACAGUUUGCCUCCUGGAAAGAGGAAGCUGCUGAGAGAAGUAACAAGGUGCCUGAGCUGGAGCUGCACGACACAAGCCACAAUCAGCUGGGCCUAAGACACCUGCACUGCUCAGACGGAAUUGAGGCAGCAGAGAAGCAGUUGGCUGCUACAGAGCUGAGUAACGCCAUGGAGGAGGGGUCACCCCUAAGGGAAUCCUUGAGUAGCGAUGACAAUGUCGGCAAUGAGAGUAGGGUGGAGGUGAAAGAACACAAAAGGACUUGUUGGCUUGACUGCCAGCGUCAUUCACAAUCAAGUGACUUGCACUUGUGGCCCGACGAAAACGACCAGUGGGCCUCUCCGGAAAAGAGGUGCCAGGCUAAUGAAGCAAAGUCCGAACUGUCGUCUGGGUUUCAGAAUCAAGUUUGGGAAGAGGGAGAGCAUCUCGACACGGGUCGGGAGAUUUCGGAGGCUGAAGAAAAUGAUGAAUAUGCAGGAAGUGAAUCCCACCCUGCUCUGCUGGAGAGCCAUGAGGAAACAUGGAAGAAUGAAAAGCAGCGAAGUCUGUCAGUGAAGGAAAACACUCAGCCGCAUGAGGUAAACAUACAGCAGGUGGAGAAUCUUGAAAACCUUCUUGAAAGUGACGGAGUUGAUGCAAAAAUAAAAAUACCAGCGAUUGAAGUGGAGAAUAUCGAAAUCCCAGAUCCAGAGAAUUUUGAGAAAGGCAAGAAGCACAGUUGGUCAUGCGUGACAGGGUCAGAAGAAAAUCAAAAUUUUAACAUCUGGCCUCAGAAGGAAGACCUACCACCACCAGCAGAAACAGACUCUGUUUUAGUUGACUGCUUCCCUCACAUUUUAGAGAGUAAACAUGCCAAAAUUGCCAUUUGCAUUACUGAAGCCUUUGAGACUUCCUUAGACCAGGAAAACCUUGAUUCUUACUUACAUACUGAGGCUGAAGUGAGUCCAUGCAGUGCAGAGCGGUACACGGAAGAAAGCGUGAGCAUCGAGAAGGAAGAAGAGGAUUCACCAGUGGACAACUCCAGCUCCGUGGACUUCCCCAGUCCUCCUCCAAGCAUAGACCUUGAUGUGCAGGAUGACAAACUGGAGAGUUUAGAUGACUCUUUUCCCAGUCCACCACCAUCUGUUUCCGAGGCUGAGGAGUUUGGUAGCACUGGUUUGGAAGACUGUAGCGCCGAAGCAGACAUAACACCUCAGACUCCAUGCAUCCCCUCUGUACAUGUAACACUCGACAGUGAGAGCAACUUCACCUCUGAAACAGGAAGUCUUGACAUUACCAACCAAACACGAGCUCCUGUCAAUAGCUUGCCAGAAUUACUCAUUUCUGAGUGGAAGGAUAUGGAUGAGGAGGCCUUGGAGGAUUUUGAAAAAUUGGAACAACUGUGUCAUAUAUCUGGUGAUGAGGAGGAAGCCCUGGGCGACAUUUUCCUGGAGAACCUCGAGCUUUUGGAGUCCCUGAAGAAAACGCCUGAUCAAAAAGACAGCAACUCUGGAGAGACGAUAAGUGACUUGUCCAAGGGGACAAGGGCAGAUUUGGAAGAUCAAGGAACCCCUUCUUCAGACAUAGUAGAAGAGGACGGGAAUGAUGUGCCGAGCUCACCCGGACAAAUGCCAGAUCCUAAGGAUCAGGGUUCUCUUUCCAAGAUGACCACCAAGAACGGCCUCAAGAUGCAGGUGUGCGAGGAACGGCUGCAGUUCUCCCUGAGUGAAAAUGUGAAAACAAACGUGCUUUGGGGGAUGACCGUUAAGGACACUGUUACACUGCGACCCUGGGGGGAGCAGGCGAUGGAGGACUGCAGCGAGACGGUUGCUGAGGAAGAUCUAAAUGAGGAUGAAAGCCAAACAGUGCAGGAAAGCGUGUCCUGCAUUCAGUCCGACACAGAGUGUGAGGAAGCUAAACCGGAGCCGCUCACUGUGCUUGAACAACCAGAGGUGACAAUGCUGCAGUCGACUGCAAACCAGGCAAUCAAAGCGAAAGUAGCUCGUCUGUCUCUCGCUCUCCCACCACUCGCCCUGGCUCUCCCUGUCGGCUCCGCCGGCAAAGACGGCGCCAUCGGGAGCCGGAUCGGAAGACGAAGAGGUUUGCUCCCAGGAAGUGAUCCCGAGGACGAAGAAGAAGAUGAGGCGGAGGACGAAAGUUCCCGAAGGGUUAUUGUUGUCACGGAGACGGACGUGGACAAACGCGUGGGCCUGAGGAGCCUCCUCAAGUCACCCAAGGAGCCGCUGGACCGAGGGAGGGACAGAGGGAGAAAUGUGUCCUUUUUUGAUGAUGUCACCAUUUAUCUGUUUGAUCAGGAAACUCCAACCAAUGAAUUGAGCACUUCAACGCCCAUGAGUCCGGCUGCAGUGUCUGUCAAAAACACCAAGUUGGAUUUUCAUGGGCCCAAAAGCAAAGAUUCAAAACGCAAAGAGGAUUCCUCGGUCAAAGCGAGAGCACCUGGAGGUGGGACCAAUUUGGUGACAUCAUCGCGCUUUACCGUCAGCCCUGCCAAGGACCCCCACAUGGUGUGAAACUUUCGAGAUGAACCCUCUGAGACUUUGAAUGAACCCCACAAACAACCAGCUGUUCACCCAGAGGCUAUUUUUCUAUUGGACAAUGAAAGAGGAAGAAAAAAAUCUGGACAUGAUCCAGGUUUGACCAGCUACACUGUUUACAGAGUUUAUUCAAGCAUCUUUGAGGAAAACCAGGAGGAACGUGUACAUUGUUUGGACUAGCUAUGCAGUGGGAGUCUUGCUGUGUACCAGCUUUCUCCUUUCUGCUUCAAUCUCUUGUAUUGCUCCCCAAAUGUGUGGGGAAGGCUACUUUUGUUGCUGUUUAUUUUGAAAUCAUAUUUAGGCCUCUCCUUAUAGAUGCGUUUUCAUGGCAGUUGGUGGUUCUUGUCACACGACGUCAACAUUUGUACAAAUCGCCAUCGUACAAGUGACUGCAACAGCAUUGUAGCGCUCUUUACUUUCAGAUUCUCAGGGAUUUGAAUCAAUCGCAACUCGACUGUUCGGGUUGUCUAAGAAGACGUUUCAGCUGUCACCCGAGCAGGCUUCAUUAGUUCAUGCUCAAAGAUUAGAUAGGACAGCUGAGGGGACGGUACAUACACGAUCUAAAGUUUUUAUCCUCUAAGGUAGAGACACGUUAAGGUAGAGGAUAAAAACUCUACCUUCCUCACCAUCCUUUCAGACUAGAGCUGUCCUUUCCAGUCUUUGAGCAUGAACUGAUGAAGCUGAUGAACCGUUUUCAAGAAAGACAACCUGAACAGUCCAGCUGUGAUCGAUUCAAUGCCUCGAGAACACAACGACCUGGAUGAAUGAGAAUAUUCACAGGCACUUUUACUUUUAGAUGCAUUCCUCUUAGACUGCAUGGAAAAUGAAACAACCCAUUUCUUUGUACUUUUUUACGGUAGGCGACGGGGGCAAACAUGCAGCAACGCCCAAACGCUCUGAACACAGAAGUGAUCCAAGACCAAAAACACCAUCAAACUCAUGACUUGAGGAAUACCCGUCUUUAAAGACCUGAGCCCAGAAGAAAGUUGUCAGAAUUAAAGGAACCAUCAAUUUUCUUCCGCUUAUCCGGGUCCAGGUCGGGGGGGCAGCAGUCUCAGUGGGGAAGUCCAGACUUCCCGGUCUCUAGCCAACUCUUCCAGCUCUACCGGGAGGACACCAAGGCAUUCCCAGGCCAGCUGUGAGACAUAAUCCCUCCAGCGUGUCCUAGUUCUGCUCUGGGACCUUCUCCCAGCUGGGCAUGCCCAGAACACCUCACCAGGGAGGCGUCUGGGAGGCAUCCAGACUAGAUGCCCGAGCCACCUCAACUGGCUUCUCUCCAUGUGACGGAGCAGCGGCUCUACCCUGAGCCCCUCCCGGAUGACUGAGCUCCUCACCCUAUCUCUUAGGUUGAGUCCAGCUACCCUACGGAGGAAACCGAUUUCAGCCACUUGUAUGCGUGGUCUUUCGGCCACAACCCAAAGCUCAUGACUAUAGGUGAGGGUGGGAACAUCGACCGGUAAAUUGAAAGCUUUGCCUUCCGGCUCAGCUCUCUCUUCACCACGACGGUCCGGUACAGCGACUGCAUUACAGCAGACGCUGCGCCAAUCCGCCUGUCGACCUCACACUCCAACCUUCCCUUACUCGUGAACAAGACCCCGAGAUGCUUGAUACGUGGGGCCCGGCCGGGCCCAUCCCGAAGAAGCCACACAGGAUCUCCCCCCCCCGUAGACCCACCACCUGCGGGGGCAAGCAUGAUGGUCUGUUGCUAUGUGUUUUGGGUGGCAGUCAUGGGCGAGCGCCUGGGUGACCUGGUCUUUGGCAGCCAAAUCUGGUUCGUGGCAGGUUACUUUUAAUUAAAGCUACAUUUUUCUUUAUUCCUGUGUUAAAUAAACACUUGGCUGUAACAUUUUACAGUAUUAUAGAGCAAGCAAUUUUUAUGGCUAAGAUAAAGAAAGAUCAAGAAAAAUGUACCUCUUCUUUCAACCAUGCCAAGACGGAUAUCCCUCAGGUCCAGCCUGACAAACUUCCGUUUUGUUCCGUGAACUUGCAGCAAUUCCCCUCAUGCAGUUGUUUUGGAGGUUUGUGUGUGUUUUUGGCAUUUGCAGCAUUUUUUUAUUUUUUUUUUGCAUUUGGUUGAAUCUGCAGUGUUUACGUGAUUGCAGCAUUGUUCUUAUGCGUUUUAUGUGUUUUUGGAUCAUGUCUGUGCUUUUUAGUUCUUAAACGCUGUCUCUGUCAGACAUUAUUUUCAUAUUUAUGCAUUUCUUUACGUAUUUAUUUAAUGCAAUUAGCAUAUAUUUAGUUAUAUUUUUUGGACAGAAUGCAUCUAGUUAUACCUUCUGUAAGAUCUUCAUGACAAAUAAAGCAAAAUAUUUUCCCAGAUGUCUUAAUUGCUCAAAAAAUAGUAUUUUGUAUAAUUUUACCUGUCAAUAUAUGCCAGUCUGUAUGAAAGUUUGUCUUGUAAGGUUUCUUUUCUUUUUUUUUUUGGUAUGUAUUAUGUUAGCUGUGUUGUCAUUCUUUUCAAGGCGGUCAGUGUAACUUAGCAUGGAACUUUGAAAACAGCUUCUCAAGAGUAAACAACCUAUUUAUUUUGGUGUAUCUAUUAGUUUAUUGGUUUAUUUUCUACAAAUAACAAAAUUCAUCAUGCAGUCAAGGUCCAAAUAGUCAAGUUUGUUUAGUCUGUUUAAGUGUUAACGGGUUAAAAACCUGUAUUGUUUUAAGGAUUGUUUUCAAAGGAUAAUGUAAAAACGAGGGGUAAGAAAUAAAAACUACAAAAUGUGAAUUUC